ACGUUUUUUCUUUGACACCACAUGAACAAGUAUCAGAUAUCCUCGUUUAGUUGCAGAAAAGUCUUCAGGUUUACUCCUUCACCGGUGUAUUUCAACGCCUUAAUGCGAAUACAACUAUAGGUGUUGUAUGAGUGAUUGUGCUACUGAGACUGAUACCAUGUCUGAUUUGGUGGAUGCCAAAGGGAUAGCUGCACAAGGGCUGGGCAGUCCCUCAGUGCAAAGGUUUACGACAAAGAAUCCUGAAGUAGACGCUAAGCCUCCGGCUGACAUGUACACAUAUAAGAUGAACUACCCCUGCCUUGGACAGUGUGUCAUCAUCAACAACAAGAACUUUGACAAGCACACAGGAAUGAGCUUUCGCAAUGGAACAGACAUGGAUGCAGGACAUGCGAUCAAAGUGUUCUCGAGUUUGGGGUACAAAGUGAAGGUUGCUAAUGACCAGACUGUGCAACAGAUACAACAGCUGCUUUGCAAAGUGUCUCAAGACGACCACAGCCAGUCGGCCUCUUUUGUGUGUGUGAUGCUGAGCCAUGGAGACGAGGGGGUGUUCUAUGGCACAGAUGGCAACGUAGAACUCAAGAAGCUCACUGGCCUCUUUAGGGGCGACCGCUGCAAAACGCUGGUGGGCAAGCCCAAACUCUUCUUCAUCCAGGCAUGCCGUGGCAAUGACCUGGAUGGUGGCAUAGAGACAGACUCCGUUGCUGAUGACUCUCCAGAGAGGAUUCCUGUUGAGGCAGACUUUCUCUACGCUUAUUCUACAGCUCCAGGCUACUACUCCUGGAGGAACACCCAGAAGGGCUCCUGGUUCGUGCAGGCCCUCUGUGAGAUGUUACAAAGGUACGGCAAACAGCUGGAGAUCAUGCAGAUCAUGACACGUGUCAACCACAUGGUGGCACUUGACUUCGAGUCUAUGUCCAACAUGCCUGGCUUUACUGCCAAAAAACAGAUCCCUUGCAUUGUGUCUAUGUUGACCAAAGAUCUCUACUUUCCACAUUGAUUUGAUAUUGUUGUCUAGACAUUACUAUGACUUGAUUGUGUAUCCUGUGGGACCUUUUUAGCUAUGUGCACAAUGUUUACUGGACUUCUAAGUAGUGCUGCGCAAUUACACAACAUUUCUAAAUGACCUAUGUCGGUUCAAUAUUUUGAAUUCCCUUUAUGCACAUUUUCUCUAGAGAUAAACCAGAUCAUGCCGAACUGCAAAGUAGGAGGGAGUUGUAGUUUUCAACAGGACAAAAUUCUACGUGGUUUAGUGCAGAAAACGUGGUAAUUAACUACCAUGACCAGAAUCCUACUUGAGACAGAAAAACACUCGAUUGAGAGGGGUAGAGAGCAGUUGCUCUCUAUGCCUUAUUUACUUUGAAGAACUACUAAAAUUAUGAUUUUGUCAGACAGCAUAGGCAGAAGCUCUAUAGAGAGGAUGACUAAUAUUUUUUUUAAAUUGUCAUCAAAUAAAAAAACUUAAAAGUAAUCAAAAUAAAACAAAUGUAAUAUACACAACUCAAAUAUUUGUUUAAAGUAAUGUGAAUAAAGUAUGGUUAAUAAGUGAUAAGCAGUUAUGGGCAGUCACUACCAUCAUGGGACUUUUAAUGAUUGUUUUAUUUUGUGUUACCGCAUUCAACCCACAUAAUGCAUUUAAUGUAUUAUCGAAAUCGAAAACUGGGAUUAUUGUUUAAGAAUUUAAAUGAAACCGAACCGACCUCAAAAAGCACUAAUCGCUCAGCACUACUUCUAAGUGGAUACAAAUUUAAAUACUUGUAUUCUGUUUGGUUUAAGUCUUAAAGAGAAAGCUAAAGGUUUGAUUCGAUAUAUCUUGGACUCGGAGGCCUAAAAGGCAUGAUGUUGGACCAAAGAGAAUGCAUUUUUAAUGACAGGCAUUAAGCAACGAUUAUGCAAUAUGAAUACUUGCUAUUGAUUUGUUGUUCCUGUAUAUGUUCUGAAUUAUCGAGUAUAAAGGGAAACACGCUUUCAGAUAGCAAUAAUGUAGUAAAUCAAUCACUCAGGCUUUAAAAGUAUUGAAAAAUGUGCCAUGUCCUUUUAGAAAUGAUAACUGUCUUACCUGUGGGAUGGUUUGUUUUUUUCAUUUGCACAUUGUACAUUCAAAUAGCUUACUACAUGAAAUAUAAACUUGAAUAAACUAGCUUUUAUCCUUGA